UCGUAUUGGAUCUUCUAAAACAGUAAGAAGUGCUCGAUAAUGACGGAAAUGACCUUCCUCCUCCCUGGCUCGCUCCUUCUCUGUGGGUGCCUCCGCCAGCUGCUUGCGCCACAAAAUUGGAGUUAUUCUAGCUCUUACUCCCAGCUGCACCUUUCACACUCAAACCUGUGGUUUCUGUGGUUAAAGACCUCUCAUCUCCGUCCCCUGCUGUUCCUCAAGCCCAGGUCAUCAUCUGCUCCCAGCUGGAUUCCUGCAACCCCUUCCACCUGCCCUUUCUGACUCCACCUGUGCACAGGAUCCCUCCACCCAGUCAGAACCAUCUACUGAAAGCCCAGAGUCCACCAGGCCACUACCCUUGAGAGUGCCUCAUGACAGUUGGAGAAAUGUACAAGGUCCCAACGAUGCCCAUGAUUCUGUCCGGGCUUCACUGACUGCCUCCAGCCUCCCUCUGGCCUCCCUGCUGUCUAUACUUGUGCCUUGGUGACCUCUUCCACCUGAAGUCCCUCCUGGCCAUGGAACAGUCCCUUGCCCUGGCCUAUCCACUCAUUCAGAUUUUGACUUAACAGUGACUUCCUUAGGGAAAGCUCCUUGCCUGACUCCAGCAAUAUAUCCCUUUGAUCUACAGAACAACUGGACUUCCCUUUGAUAAAACUCACCACAGUGUGUCUGCUUCCUCUGAUGGACUACAUGGGCCAGAGGGCAGGGACCUGUGCCUACCUUCCUCGCCGCUCUCCUUCCACAAGAGAUGGAGCACAAGGAAGGGAAGCCCUCUGAGGAUGGGAACACCGUCUCCCCAGAUGCAGGGACCCCGGGGACGCCGGUGGGUGAAGCCUCGGCAGACAUGGGGGCCAAAGUCACGGAGGAGAGCAUCGUCACAGAGGGGCCUCCAUCUGCGUCAGGAAGGCAGGGAGGAGCCGCAGCGGAGGAUGGCAUUUCAGCAGAACUCCAGGAGGAAGCCAGUGGGUCGGAUGAGGUCAAGGUGGAGUCCAAAGUGGAGGCUGAACUUCCAAAGGAGGGCGGUGGGAAGGAAGAGACCAAAGAGGCUCCUCAGGAGACGACUGAUGGGAAAGAAGAGACCAAAUCUGAACACAAGGAGGCAAAGGGAAAAGAGAAGCAGAGGGCCGAGGAGAAAGCAGCCAAGCCCGAAUCCGGGGAGAAAGCCGACAGGGAGGACGAGGCCAAGGCUGAGCUGAAGCAGGCUGGUGGGGCCCAGGAGCCCACAAGGGCCACUCAGGAGGAGAACCAGCCAGAGGAGCCUGAGGCUGAAGCUCAGGCAAAAGCCAGCGCCCCAGAGGCCAAGUCGGACUCUGAGGAGAAGGCUGCACCACAGGAGAGAGACAGGAAGGAGGAGGCGGACUCGGGUGGUCCCAGGGAAGAGCAGGACCAGGGUAUGGACAGAGAGUUGGAGGAAGGGGCAGAGGUGACCCCCAGCUCCCCCGAGGAGUGGCCCGAGAGCCCCACGGAGGAGGGUCAAGGCCUCAGCCCAGAUGGGUUGGGCCCAGACACCACAACUUCGGGAGAGACCAGCCCCUCAGCCAGUGAGUCUUCACCCAGUGAGGUGCCCUCGAGUCCCACGGAGCCCCCUCCCUCACAGGAGAAGAAGAAGGAGAAGGCACCGGAACGCAGGGUGUCAGCCCCUGCCCGGCCCCGGGGGGUCCACGCGCAGAACCGCAAAGCCAUCGUGGACAAGUUUGGCGGGGCAGCCUCGGGCCCCACAGCUCUGUUCCGGAACACUAAGGCUGCCGGGGCUGCCAUCGGCAGUGUCAAGAACAUGCUCUUGGAGUGGUGCCGGGCCAUGACGAGAAACUACGAGCAUGUGGACAUUCAGAAUUUCUCGUCAAGCUGGAGCAGCGGCAUGGCCUUCUGCGCCCUCAUCCACAAGUUCUUCCCAGACGCCUUUGACUACGCUGAGCUGGACCCCACGAAGCGCCGGCACAACUUCACCUUGGCCUUCUCCACUGCAGAGAAACUGGCCGACUGUGCGCAGUUGCUGGAGGUGGAGGACAUGGUGCGGCUGGCAGUGCCCGACUCCAAGUGCGUCUACACCUACAUCCAAGAGCUGUAUCGCAGCCUCGUGCAGAAGGGAUUGGUGAAGACCAAGAAGAAAUGA